AUGGGUGUUUCUGUGUGUAGGAAGAAGAAGCAGAGAAAAUCAGAAGCUAAUGAGCUAGGUUUCUUUGAAAAGCUUAUGGUGAAGGUGCCAACAGCCAUUUUCAUGCUAGCUUUCAUCUACAUUUGGUCUUCUUCCACCACCAUCCUCUCCGGCGACAUUGUCCACCUCUGCGUAUCAUCUCGGAAGCUCAACAAUCUCUAUUGCCUCUCCGCCGGCGCUCAGCCCAACUUUCCUCUCCUAAAAAACGACUCCUCUCCUCGGCCGGAUAUCAACAUUCCAGUCCCUACAGGUAACAGUGCCGGAUCGGAUAUCAACAUUCCAGCCUCCACUGAUAAGGAUAUCAGCAUUCCAGUCUCUACUGAUAACAGUGCCAGACCGGGAGAAUUGAACAGCAAGAAUAUUACGAAUAAGGUUCUUGCCUACACAGAAGUCGAGGAGCAGCUGAAGCUGCACCGGUCAUGGAGUAGGAGUUCGAAUCCGACAACAUGCCAAGGAAGGGGGAUUUACGUAUACGACCUUCCAUCCAAGUUCAACAAGGACUUGAUAGGUCAGUGCAACAGCAUGCUCACGCCGGGGGUCGACUUCUGCGGCUACCUGACCAACGGUGGGAUAGGAAAGGGGGUCGAGAGCCUCGGCAGCGCGUGGUACAACACGCACCAGUAUGCGCUGGAGCUCAUCUUCCACGCGCGUGUGCUUAACCAUCCCUGCAGAGUGUAUGAUCCGACCAACGCGAAGCUCUUCUAUGUGCCCUACUAUGGCGGCCUCGACGUUUUGAGAUGGCAUUUCAAGAAUGUUACCAACGCCGUAAAGGACUCGCUGGCGCUGGAUUUAGUCCGGUGGCUCGAAUCGCAGCCGUCGUGGUACAGGAACAUGGGGAAGGAUCAUGUGUUCGUGCUGGGGAAAAUCACGUGGGAUUUCCGAAGACCAAAGAAAUAUACAUGGGGGACGAAGCUGCUCGACUUGGACGAGAUGCAGAAUCCGAUGAAGCUCCUGAUCGAGCGGCAUCCGUGGCACGCCAACGACGUCGGGAUCCCCCACCCGACCUACUUCCACCCCCGCACCGACGACGACAUCGUCUCGUGGCAGCUCAAGGCGAUCAGAUCCACCAGACAUGCAGUCGUCGGAUUCGCCGCCGCGGCGAGUAUCCGCUCGAUGCUGAUCGAGCAGUGCGUGUCCGCUGGAGACGCACAAUGCAGGUUCCUGAACUGUACGUCGGGGCGUUGCGACCGCCCUAACGCGGUCAUCGGGCUGUUCACGGCGGCUGAGUUCUGCUUGCAGCCCACUGGAGACAGUCCCACGAGGAAAUCGGUGUUUGAUUCGCUCAUCUCCGGUUGCAUUCCUGUUCUGUUUGAUCCGAUGACGGCAUACUAUCAGUAUCCGUGGCAUCUACCGGAAGAUUGGGGGAAGUAUUCGGUGUUCAUCGACAAGGAAGAGGUCAGGAAUAAGAGUGUGAAUGUGGUGGAGAGGCUGAUGAAGAUUCCGGCCAAGGAGAGAGAGAAUAUGAGGAGAUAUAUCGUGUAUGAGCUCUUGCCUGGAUUGGUUUAUGGCGAUUUCGAUUCCAAAUUUGUCAAAUUUCAAGAUGCCUUUUCGAUAUCCGUAAAUAGUCUUCUCGAAAGAGCUACCAGAUUGAAUGAUUUGUAA